GCCCCAGAGAAGGCAGGGCCAUGGCUUCUGUGCUGGAGAAAAUAGCAAACCCUUCCUCUCUGCUUUUGUACCUGGCUCUGGGGCUUUGCCUCAUCUGCGUGCUGCUGAAAGCGACCCAGCUUUAUCGCCAAAGACAGCAGCUCCUCAAAGCUUUGGAGAGCUUCCCGGGUCCCCCCAACCACUGGCUGUAUGGGUGGGGUUAUAUGUGCACCAUCCUGAUUACAUUAAAGAACGUAUUAUCUUGGGCAGAAAAGUACCCCUAUGCCUUCCCCAUAUGGACUGGAAACUUCAAGGCUGACUUAGUAGUCCACCAUCCGGAUUAUGCCAGAGCUGUGUUUGGCCAUGGAGAUCCCAAGAACAUGACAGCUUAUAAAUUUUUAAUUCCCUGGAUUGGCAAGGGAUUAUUGAUCUUACAUGGGCCAAAGUGGUUCCAGCAUAGAAGGCUGCUGACCCCAGCGUUUCAUUAUGACGUGUUGAAAUCUUAUGUCGUGCUGAUGGCAGAAUCUACCAAAGUGAUGCUGGACAAGUGGGAAUGGCUGAUCACAGUGGAUAAGUCAGUGGAGCUCUUUGAACAUGUCAGCUUGAUGAUCCUAGACACCAUAAUGAAAUGUGCCGUCAGUUGCCAUAGAAACUGCCAGACUGACAGUGACUCAGAUGCCUACAUCAAAGUUGUCUACGAGCUGUCCUACCUGCUGUUCCAUAGAAUCCGCAUUUUCCCAUUUCGUAGUGAUUUAAUCUAUCGAAUCAGCCCUCAAGGACGUCGCUUUCGAGAGGCCUGCCGACUAGCGCACCUCCAUACAGAUGCAGUAAUAAAAGAGAGAAAGAAGUCCCUGCUAGAUCAGCAAGAACGUGAAAAGAUGCAGAAGAAGAAGCACUUGAAUUUUCUGGACAUUCUUCUGCAUGCCAAGGAUGAAAAUGGCGCUGGACUAUCUGAUGAAGACCUACGUGCCGAGAUGGACACAUGUACCUUUGCGGGGCAUGGUACCAUGUCCAGUGGGAUCUCCUGGCUCUUGUACUGCAUGGCCCUGCACCCAGAGCACCAGCAGAAAUGCAGAGAAGAGAUCCAGGAGAUUGUGGGAGACAGAGAUACCGUGCAGUGGAGUGACCUCGGUAAAAUGACUUACAGCACCAUGUGCAUCAAGGAGACCCUCCGCCUGUACCCUCCAGUAGUUUUAGUGUCCCGAGAGCUCAGCAAGCCCAUCACGUUCCACGAUGGACGUUCCUUACCAGAAGGUUCUCGGGUGUCUGUGCAUAUUUAUUCUCUUCAUAGGAACCCAAGCAUAUGGCAAGAUCCUGAGGUGUUUGAUCCCAUGCGGUUUUCCCCAGAGAACGCGGCCCGGAGGCAUUCCCAUGCGUUUGUGCCCUUCGCGGCUGGAGCACGGAACUGCAUCGGGCAGCAGUUUGCCAUGAACGAGCUGAAAGUGGCCCUGGCCCUGACUCUGCUCCGUUUCGAGCUUUCUCCUGAUCCAGCCAAACCGCCCAAGGAAAUUCCUUAUCUUGUCCUCAAGUCCAGCACUGGGAUCCACCUGCUCUUGAAGAAACUGCAUUGACGCCAGAGAAACCCUGUGUCAGGUGUCAGCAGGAUCGGCUUGUUUCCAAGGGAACGCAAUCAAUGGGUGUUUUCACAGAACACUAGAACUGGAAGGGACCUCCAGAGAUCAUGAAGUCCAGUCCCCUGCCCUCACAGCAGGACCAAGCACCAUCUAGAUUAUCC